UUAAAAUGCUUUGAAAAAUGUUUUAUUAGUACAUUUUAUUAGCUAAUACUAGGACCAUUUUUUGUAAAAUUCUUUCAUUCAUUAUAAUUUGUCUGCAGAUUAUGCAAUCUACGUUUUCCUAGCUAGCUAGCUAGCCUUGCGUCUGCAAACUAGUUCUCUGGAAACGUCUCCGCAUCUCUUGAUGGAACUGUCAUUGUUCUUUUGUUUCGUGGCGUAACUCACCCAUAAACUGAAGGAAAUGAAGCAACUCGUUUAGCUGCACCUUAAUAGUAAACACAGCUUUUCCAUAACCUCUUUUCAGUAAUCAACCGCAAAGGACUCAUCUGAGAAUAUCAUUUGAAGAACAAUAUGGCAGAAAAGUGCUGGAGAGUGAACUUAAAUUACCUGCCAAUCAAGGCUCAUUAUUUCUUUCUGUUUGGAGCCAUGGGUGGAUCAGUUCCAUUUAUGCCAGUGGUAGCUAAAGGUCUAGGAAUCAAUGCAACAGCAGUCGGUCUCAUCUACACUGUUUUGCCAUUUUGCGUAUUUUUGUCAAAACCUUUAUUUGGAUACAUAACAGAUUAUUUCCAAAACAUCAAAUUGAUCAUGAUAACUCUUGUUACUGUUACUACUCUUUCAUUUAUAUGUGUGUUAUUUAUUCCACCACUGUAUGUAGAUGUGGCGAUGAGUACUAGAGUACAUGCAAAUUGUGUUAAUGACAACGAAUUGAAUAUUUCACCGAUAUCAAAUGAAACCUGUGUUACCAAACAUUUUAAAAACAGUACCUGCACGCUAAUGAAUUCUAAAAAUUGUUUUGUCAACGCACCUGAUGUGUUACUUGGUACAUUAAGAACUGUCGAAACUGGGGAAUUGAUGAACUCCAAUGAAAAUUUUACUCUGGAUUAUGUUUUACUUGAACCGACGAACUUAACUAUACAUUUUAUUUUCACACCAGUAGCAGGAAAUAAUACUUGCAAAUGUUCCACACAAGAGUCAUUAUUUAUGAAAUGUGAUACAGAAUUUUGUUCGGAGACAGAACCACAACAAGAAAUAUCAGUGUACAAAACUUAUAAUUUUUGGCUCUUCACUCUCUUAGCCGUGAUUGCUGGAACGGGUUCAGCCACGUCGUUUUGCCUCAGCGAUGCAGCCUGUUGCGAGGUUCUGAAAGAUGAUUCAAAAUUGUACGGCAGACAACGACUUUGGGCAACAAUAGGAUGGGGCAUUGUGACUUCACUCGCUGGAUUUUUAAACGACAUAGUGACUGGAGAUGCCUCUAAAACAAGUUAUUCGUCUGGAUUUUACCUCAUGCUUGCUUUCGUCAUCAUAGAUUUGAUUAUUCUAUCCAGAGUUCAAAUGGUGAAAGCUAACAUGUCUCUCAAUAUAUGCAAAGAUGUUGGAAAAAUAUUUUCAUCCUACGAGACUGUGAUUUUUGCCUUGGGUGUCUACGUAUCAGGAGCUCUGACAGGCCUCAUAUGGAAUUACCAGUUCUGGUUCCUAGAAGAUAUGGGAGCAAAUCAGACCUUAUUGGGGCUUACAGUAGCAGUUCAAUGCUUAGUUGCCGAAGUACCAUUCUUCUUUUUUGCAGGAUAUCUCAUAAAAGUUCUUGGACAUUUCAACUGCCUUUUCGGCACGCUUUUUGCUUUUGUUUUGCGUUUAGGACUGUAUUAUUUUCUCAAAAAUCCCUGGUUAACUUUACCAAUCGAAGUGCUCCAUGGAAUGACUUUUGCUGUUUUUUACGCCGCUAUGACGUCAUAUGCAUCAACUAAAGCUCCUCAAGGGACAGAAGCUACCAUGCUUGGUGUUUUUGGAGGUUUAUUCGAAGGUUUAGGGGUUGCAACUGGAAGUUUACUUGGCGGAGUUGGCUUCGAUAAGCUUGGCGGAAGAAGAACGUUCUGGACAGCUAGCAUCAUAAGUUUAGUUUGUCUUCCAGCAUUUAUCGUAGCAUAUGUUGUAGUCAGGAAAUUUUCUUCUCAAGCUGAAAAUAAGCCUGAAGUCCCUAAAUAUGGAACAAGCUGAUACAUGUAUA